AUGCCUCCAGCCCGCAGACCAGGCCGCCUAGAUGGCGCCAGAACAAAGUACACAAACGACCCCUUUGAAGCAGCUGGGAUCUGUGCAGAUUCGGCCUCUGAGGACGACAUCUCAGACAGGCCGCGUAAGAGGAGAGGGAGAGGCAGAAAAAGACAAGAGGAUUCUUCAGACGAAGACUUUGCUGAAACGGAACUUGGCAGAGAGGAGAAACUGAGAUCAGACGAAAGCCCAGACGACGAAGAUGCUCCCUUGCCAGGCAAGAUCAACGAGCUUGAUGAAGGGAGUGAAAUGUUUGAUGACGAUGAAGAGUCUCUCAAUGAGGAGGCGGCUUCUGUUACGAAAUCACGACCCAGCAAGAAGAGACGACCGGUCGCUUUUCAUCGGGAUGAAACUCACAACCGUGGGAUCUGGAAUCCGAUGGAGCAUGUCAGCAAGUCUAUGCAUUUGAAGCUGACGUUUGGAACGGACGACCGCGAUCUCCUCGCAACGAUCUACGGCAGGGAUCGAUGGUACCGGGGAAUUGACUCGGCACUCCCAAGCAGGAUAUCUCUGGACGAGGCUGAAUCCCUGGGUGACUACGGGCCUGGCAAAACAUUUGGGGUAGCGGGGGAAGAUAUGGAGAUGGAAGCAAUGACAGGCUGGGACUGGUAUUAUGACGACAAUCUUGGAGGGAGAUUUAGGAAGCGACAGCGAAUAGAGAGCAUUGACGAGCAAACAGCCCGCCAGAGAUAUCUACCACGGCCGCAGAAAAGGGAACACACGGUCAUUAUCGGACCGGUCGAUAACCAGAAAGUCUUCCAUUUGCAACAGAAUGAGUGCCUUGAUUUUGGCGAAGCGUGGAAUGACAGCAGACCCCGCAAGAAGAGAGGGAGGAAGCGGCGUGACGAGGAUGCUGAAGAAGCUCCUCCUUCUGUUGAAGCAAAAGAAGAGCCGAGUGAGGAACCCCCGGUCAACCAGAAAAGGCCUCGGGAAGGAUGGAUCCUGAACAUGGGAAACAAAGUUCAGUGUCUGGCUUGGGCUCCCAACCAGGAUGGCGACACUCAGUACUUGGCCAUCGCAGUGCCGAUCACCGAGCAGCAGAAGGACGAACAUCGAGUGGGUGGAGAACCUAUUGGUGCUCCAGCAUUCACGCCAUCUGAACCGUAUCCUGCCGCAUUGCAGAUCUGGUCAUUUGAAGCCAGCAAAGACGGGGGAUUGACGAAGAGUCUCGAUAUGUCGCGCAAGCCGAAACUACGGCUGGUAAUCUGUACGGAUUGGGGGGAUAUCAGACGGAUCGCUUGGUGUCCGAUGGCUCGAAGGCGACGUGAUGAAGACGAUAAGGACGGUUCUCACAGCCUAGGCCUUUUGGCUGGCAUAUGGGGAGAUGGCGCCGUCCGGGUCCUUGACGUCAAGCUGGGAAGCAUUUCAGAUUCUACGGAAUUUUGUAAGGAUUCAAGACAUCCCAGAUUGUCGAAUAUAGCCAUUCCAUUACUAACCAAGCGGACUACAGAUCGACUACAAUCGCCGGCCUUUUACUGCAAACCUCCUUCGACUGUUUCCACGGCCAUCACCUGGCUCUCUCCGAGUGACAUUGCCGUUGGCUGCGCCAAUGGCUUUGUUGGGAUCUGGAGCCUCGCGUCGUCUUGCCAGACCGAGCCCGCGUCGGAUCCGUCCCCCUACUUGUAUUUCCCGGUGCACUUGACGUACAUCACCGGCAUUGCUUCUGGGUAUCCGCAGCAUCCUCAUCUACUGGGGACGACGUCGAUGGACGGCCAGACGCGACUCACCUCCAUCCUCGACCCUCAGAAGGACGUGGUCGACACGAACCGGAUGCGAUUGGGCUCGAUGCACAUCUCGUAUUCCCCUUUUCUGCAGGCGUUUCUGUCGAACGACGAGAACGAUUUCAUCCGGUCGCUGGCUGUUCGACGGUUCUACACGACCACGACCGUGGGCCGAAUGCAGAGCACCGUGACGGCGCUAGCGCCCAGCAGUUUCUGGCAUCCAUCGGGCCUGAUCGGGUGCGCUGGCGGGAGUGUUGUGGCCCUCAACCCGCUGCGUCGACUGCUGCACUCGAAGGAUAGGCACUGGCACUUGACGUGGUUCACGCAGGAAUGGGCCCGAGGCGCGGACCCCGGGAAGCCGAAUGUGAGCCGGUUCCUGGACGGGUUCCGCGCAGAGAGCGUCAGUCUGCUGCGGACGAUGAUGGGCGACCGCCGGAUCGUCAACGGCGUGAUGGCGAUUACGAUCUACGACGACGAGAACCACAUCACGGCGUUGGCGUGGAAUCCCAACCAGCGAUGCGCGGGGUGGGCGAGUGCGGGUAUGGGGAGUGGAUUGAUCAGGGUGGAGGACCUGGCAAUUUGA